AUGGAGGCCCUGUACCCCAAGAAAACCCAUCGCAGAUCCCGAUCUCACAAAAAAAAGCCCACUCAAGCAGUCGAGAGUAUAGUUCCUGGCAGAACUCAUGUUGGUUUUGCAGCAACGGAGUCUGGGCUCAUGGACUCUGAUAUCUGUUCCGGGGUGGAUAUUGAUGAUGAUAAUAGGGAUGUGGCUCAGGAAAGCUCCACUGGUUCCGAUGACGGGCUUGUUGUUGCAGGUCCCAUGGCCCCUAUAACAACAAAAAACAAUGAUAUUUGUCUCUCAGGCGAUGGAACAAUGCAAACAGACCUGAUAGCAACAGCAGCUGAAGAGAUUGCCAUGCCGAUUUGUUAUCCAGAGCAGUUUACAAAACAAUCUUCUGUUGACACUAACAACCCAUGCUCUUCAAUAUCCCCGGAGGCUACCUCUUCCCCAUGCACAUCUUCCCCCUUUACGAACGGGACACUACCUCUUGUGUGCUCCUCUGCUAGCUUCGCUGUGCCGCCUGAAAUUACAGUAGCAGACGAUCAAAUCCCCCAAACUACACGUCUAGCCAGUUGCAAUUCUGAAAGUAAAUUCCGCGAUUCGUCGUUUCAUCAUUCCCCUUUUCGAGCAGCGAGGUCACGGAAAUCGAGCGCAGAACUAGACGACAUCGAUAACCUUCCCUCUUCAAGGCCCAUCUCCCUAAGUUCAUUCGCUCUUCGAACACAUAGUCGGAACAAAGGCUCGAAAUCGUGGAUACCGUUCAGUCUCGAAGAUCUAAACGAAGAUUCCAAUGAGAUGGAUCGCCGCAAUCAAAGCUAUGGCGCAAGGCUACCCGCUCGGUUUCUUACUCCCAGCGCAAUCACAGUUAACCACCCACUCAGGAACGUUACAACAUUUGAUCACAGAUCAAAUAUGUUUGGCUUCCAAAGGGCAUCACCCCAACGUGCUCCUCAAUGGAUGCACGGAAUACGACGACAACCGCACCCGGGCCAUACAGCGGCAUUUGGAUAUUAUAAACAAAACUUGGGUACUAAUCUCCCUCGCCAGAAUCCUCGACCUACAGCCGUACCUCACAGAAGUAUUGACACGCCAGAAGCUGGUCCUCGCGUAAUGGUUCCUGACGAUAUUAGCCCUACCAAACAGGAAGAAAAGCAGGCAUUGAGAGCGUUGCAAUACAGUAUGGUGUCUCAAAGCAACCUUCAAACUCGUCAUUAUCCGCCGGGAUCAUCCUGCAGCAGUAACCAAGUGCAAAAUUCUCGUCCCACUGAUUCUCCAAGAUGUGCCGGGUACCGUGAUGGGGCAGCAGAUUCUAAAUCUAGCUAUGGCCAGAUGACUGGUCAUGCCGAUCAUGACUAUUCGUUGCAGCAAUCUACCGUGAUUCGAGAGAACGGCAAUUCCCAUUUUUCUGGGUUUGGCCCCGGCAAAAUACAGCACUCUUUGACUCCUGGGAUGUGUUCAGAAAGUGGGACCUCUUGUACGGCAGAAUUACUCCAGGAUACAGAGAGUAUAGAAAUCUCCUCAGCUUCACCCUUGUCUCUGAACAUGUGUACUUCUCAUGAAACUAAAGUCAGUACUAUUCCUCAACGCCUCGAUUCUGACCAACCAUCACACACCAAGCGACAAAGCAUAACCAAGUAUCUGAAGGAUACCAUCACGACUUCUCAAGCUGCGAGUGAAAGCAAUCACGAUGAGGACUUUCAAAGUGAGGUCAAGGAUUGUGUGGGCAAAAUCGAUCCUAUACCAUUAAUGGCUAACCCACUAAAAUCGCCCUUCAGAGCUCUCCAACUAGACCAGUCCUCAUCUACGAAUGCGGCAACCCCGCAAAUUCAGCAUACAUUUAAAAAUGGGAAAGCACAGGGGUAUCCGCUAGACUCAGGUAGUAGUAUAUCAACGUCCAUGCCCUUAACAUACACCUCUUCGAACUACGGCACAGACGUGAGCUCAGUAUUUGCAUCUGCAUUUCCCAGCAGGCCCAAGAGUGAUGAGAUUCUCUCCAAAUCACCCAAUGCACUUCGAUCACGGUUCAAGUUCAAGUUCCCCCCACCCGGGUUGCCAAUUCCACCAGGCCUUCAAGUGGCUUCUUCUAAUAAGUCAUUUGAAGAUACUCCCGCGUCGAGACUUGUUCACUCCAACAUCUGGUUCCACACUGAUACCCGAGGUGAAGAUAUUUUUCGGCAGCGUAUUGCCGAGAUUGCACGAGACGAGGCAGAACACCAAAGGGCUACAAAGAUGCAACUUCGCCCUGGCGAACGGGAAGGAGUAGCUGAAGCUGGAACGGUUUUAUUGGGGCACGUUCUCGCCAAUCUGCAGUCCUAUACCGUGGGUAACUCUAAUCAAACUAGAGGCUUUGCGAACUUUAGUUCUGCCCCAAAGCUUUAUGAUGAACCUACACGCGGUGGCCCCAGAAGCUUUUUUUGA